AUGGCCGACCGAACGCAAGACAAGACUCACGAAGCCGUGGGCGACGUGAAAUCCGUUCUGAAGGGCAUCAAGGGCAUGGGAGACACGCUCCGCGGCUCGGUUAACGAAUCGAUUGACACAGCAUUCAAUGACCGAGAAGGAGAAAUCAAAAACAAAGCGGUCAAGGAAAAAGGAGAAGCAGAGUUACAUCAGGCCGAUAGUCGCUUUGGGGGAACAGCCGCUAGAGGAACGACCACCACCGCCGGAGGCACAACGACUGGGGCAGGUGCUCAUUCUGGAGGCGUGGGAAACAUGAGCAGCACUGUUCCUCAAGGGAGGCUUGGGGGUGAACCUACCACUACCAGGGAGAGAUUCUGA